AAAAUGGUUCCUCCCUUUCCCUGUGGGUAGAAGAAAAGUGAGCGAAGAACAGAGAAGGAGACCAUGGAUCCGUCCCAAGAGAUCGCAGAGGAUCGCCCUCCCUUCGUCCGCAUCUACAAGGACGGCCGCGUCGAGCGCUUCAUGCCGCCGGACUUGGUCCCUGCGGGCGUCGACCCGGAAACCGGCGUCUCCACCAAGGACGUCGUCAUCUCCCCGGAAACAGGCGUCGCCGUCCGCCUCUUCCUCCCUCCCCUUCCCAACCCACCACCAACCAACCGAAAGAAGCUGCCCAUCCUCAUCCACUUCCACGGCGGCGGCUUCUGCGCCGGCUCCGCCUUCAGCCGCGUCGCCCACAAUCACCUCACCGCCCUUUCCGCCCAGGCCGGCGUCCUCGCGGUCUCCGUCGAGUAUCGCCUCGCGCCAGAGCAUCCCAUCCCCACCGGCUACCUCGACUCCUGGGCGGCCGUCCAGUGGGUGGCCCGCCAGGCGACGGCCGGCCCCGGCGCGGAGCCGUGGCUGGCGGAGCACGGCGACUUCGACCGGUUCUUCUUCAUCGGGGAGAGUUCCGGCGGGAACUUCGCCCACCACAUGGCGAUGGCAGCCAGUGGCGCCCCGGCGUUCGGGCCGGUUCCAACGGAGGGAGAUGUUCCGGUUAAGGUGGUGGGGCUCAUCGCGAUCCACACCGUCUUCUCGGAGGCGAACGCGUCGGAGGACGACCACUGGCAAUUCGUGUGCCCGACCACGCGCCUGCCGGACGACCCGCUGAUCAACAUCGUGGCGGCGAGCUCGCCGGACCUGGCGAAGCUGGUGUGCAAGAGGGUGCUGGUGUGCGUGGCGGAGAAGGAUCACCUGAGAGGAAGGGGACUCCUGUACCACGACGCCCUGAAAAAAAGCGGGUGGAGCGGCGACCUGGAGCUGGAAGAAACGGAAGGGGAGGGCCAUUGCUUCUACCUCUUCAACAACAAGACCCAGAAGGCCAAGGAUCUCAUGAACCGCAUCGUCUCCUUCAUCAAUCGUGAUUGAUCUGAAUGAGCUACCUUUGUAUCUUUCACAGUGUUCUUGUUGCUGCUUCUUCUGUUGUUCUUGCUGCUACUGUGUGUGUCUGUGUUCUUCCUGUUUGUUGGUAUUAAAAAAGGCUUAAAUUGUGAAACA